AUGCAAGGAAUCCGCCAUUAUGCGCCGCUAAGUGACUGCAGAGUAAGGCUAGAAUUGACUCCAACCACCACCUCCCCACUGGCUAUAUCCGUCGCAGAGUCGACAGAGAUGCGUAUCCAACGGUUGAUAUGUGAGAAUCCAGUGAUCAUCUUUAGCCGCUCCUCUUGCUACAUGUGCCACGUCAUGAAACUGCUGCUGUCCACCGUAGGGGUGCACCCCACCAUCAUCGAAUUGGAUGAGGAUGAGAUCAGCGUGUUCACAGUUCACGGUGUCGCCGGCACCAAACACCACGUUGAUGGUGAAGCUGGUGGUGUUCCAGCGUUGUAUAUAGGAGGCACAAGUAUUGGUGGGCUAGAGAGUCUGGUGGCACUCCACUUGAGUGGCCACCUAGUGUCCAAGCUUAUGGAAGUCGGUGUUUUGAGAAAUACUAUGGUAUUUUAG